CUGUGCCCGCAGAGCGCCAUGGGCCGCGUGAUCCGGGGCCAGAGGAAGGGCGCCGGCUCCGUGUUCCGCGCGCACGUGAAGCACAGGAAGGGCCCGGCCAAGCUGCGCGCCGUCGACUUCGCCGAGAGGCACGGCUACAUCAAGGGCAUCGUGAAGGACAUCAUUCAUGAUCCGGGCCGUGGGGCUCCCCUUGCCAAGAUCGCCUUCCGUGACCCGUACAGGUUCAAGAAGAGGACCGAGCUCUUCAUUGCUGCUGAGGGUAUCCAUACUGGGCAGUUCGUUUACUGCGGCAAGAAAGCUCAGCUGAACAUCGGCAAUGUUCUGCCCGUUGGCACCAUGCCAGAAGGCACCAUCGUCUGCUGCCUGGAGGAGAAGCCUGGUGACCGCGGCAAGCUGGCCCGUGCUUCGGGGAACUACGCCACCGUCAUCUCCCACAACCCCGAGACGAAGAAAACCAGGGUCAAGCUGCCCUCUGGCUCCAAGAAAGUGAUUUCUUCUGCCAACAGGGCUGUUGUGGGUAUUGUCGCUGGUGGAGGCCGUAUUGACAAGCCAAUCCUUAAGGCUGGUCGUGCCUACCAUAAAUACAAGGCAAAGAGAAACUGCUGGCCACGUGUCCGUGGUGUGGCCAUGAAUCCUGUAGAACAUCCCUUCGGUGGUGGCAACCACCAGCACAUUGGCAAGCCCUCGACCAUCCGGAGAGAUGCUCCUGCUGGGCGCAAAGUUGGUCUCAUUGCUGCCCGUCGCACGGGCAGACUGCGUGGAACAAAGACUGUACAGGAAAAGGAGAACUAAGUACCGCACCUGGAGUUUACAGAAUAAAUUUUCAAAGCUUA